UUCCAGACCGCGCCGAGCAGGGACCAGAGUUUUGACCAGCUCAGCAGGCACUUCUUGCGGCCGCUGCAGCCCACAGGCGCCCUGGAGCGCGGAGCUCACUGGAGAUGGGGCUCAGAGCCUAGAGGGUGGCAGUGAAACCUUGAGAUCCUGAUUCGGCACUGCAGGUGACAACAGGGAGACACAGGUAAAGACCAAGGGGCGCGGGCGAGAAGCCACCUUGCUGCAAGCCCGGGGGCUGUCCACCGCGCAGAGAGGACAGCUGAGCGCAGAGGUGAGGGAGCUGCCGCGGUCGCCCCAUUUGCCCUGAAGGCUCUGACUCCUGGUCAGUUGCGCGCAGCAGGGUGCGAGGGUGCGCCAUGGAGGCGCCGAGCAGCGCCAAUCCACGAGAGGCGAAGUGAGCGGGUCAGCGGGGACCCGCGGGCCAUGUACGGAGACGUGUUCAACGCCACCGGCGGCCCCGAGGUGGCGGUGGGCAGCGCGCUGGCCUUGGCAGCCACUGUCAAGGCGGAGGGCGUUCUGCCUCUGGAGCUCGCCACCGCGCGCGGUAUGCGGGACAGCGCGGCCUCAAAGCCUGACCUGCCCACCUACCUGCUGCUCUUCUUCCUGCUUUUGCUCUCCGUGGCGCUCGUUGUCCUCUUCAUUGGCUGCCAGCUGCGCCACUCGGCCUUCCCCGCGCUGCCCCACGACCGCUCGCUUCGGGAUGCCCGCGCGCCCUGGAAGACUCGGCUGGUGUAACGGAGCAGCGAGCCAGGACCUGCAGGGGCCAUGUCCAGCUCUCGCCAAGAGCAGUGGAGGGAACCAGACAGGGCGGGCCUGACCCCUGGGGGUGGCCGGCCCCAGGGCACACUACGCUCUGACCCAAACACCCUUUCGGACCUUGAGUGGCAACCUAGGAGUAAAGGGAGUCCGAGGCGUCAGACCUGCCUAGGUUCCCGCUCCUAGUAACGGUGAGGUACCAAGGUUCUGAUACCCUGGCAGAACCUUUUUUCCCUGGGCCAGCAGGUAAAGCGGGACCUAAGCGCCUUGCUCGCCUCCUGCUGACUUCCUCAUUUUGCGCACAUUAAGGGCAAGCAUGGCGAGAGCACAUCUAGCCCGGACCUGCCUUUCGUACUCGCUGGCCCUGUGGCUGUCUUCCCGCGGCUGUUACCACCUCUCUCAGUUCUUAGCACCGAGGACCCUGCUAGGACCCUGCCAGCCUGACUUUGUGGAAUGAUGGCCCUCAAUGACCGCGUGCUCCAGGAGAAGUGAGGGGACAGGGAGUUUCAC